UGCUGGUGAGCAGAAGCAGGAGAGAAGAAAAGGCAAGACAGCACCAGUAGACUCUCACCAACUCAUUGAAUCAAUCAUAACCCUUCCACCUCUCCUCCUCCUCAAAAUCUCCCACACCACCAUCAUCAUUUGGUUUUUGUACCCCAGCUAAAACAAAGAACACCAAAAAGGAGGAAGAAGAUUAGGAAAGCUUUCUUUCAUUAUAUAUUGCAGAAGCAAGCAUACCAUACGCCUUGUUCCUCACAUCGCCUCUUAGCUUCUUCUACUUCUUCCUCCUCCUCCUCCUCCUCCUCCCCCUCCUCCUCCUCAUCUUAUGUAGAGAGGCUACUCCUCCUAGCCUUGGGAGAUCGGCAAUGUCUGCCCAAAUUCUACCUGAGCGCAUUUGCUACGUCCACUGCAACUUCUGCAACACCGUCCUCGCGCUAUAAUGCACCAGCUUUUCUCAGCUCCAAGUCCAUGAUAGUUUGGUGAUCAUGCAGGUCAGUGUCCCUGGCAACAGCUCCUUCAACAAUGUAGCGGUACGAUGCGGGCAUUGUUCAAUUCUGUUGUCUGUCAACAUGGGAGACUUGCUUCAAAGACUUCCUUUCCAAGAUUUCCAGAAAUUGCAGACCUGCAACACAGCAGCUCAAGGUAGCAGGAUGGAAUGUGGAUCACCUUCAAAGUUUAGUAGGUCUUCCUUACUGUCCACAAUGCCAAAUUAUCAAGAACAAAUGCUACCUACUCGACCCCCGGAGAAGAGACAACGCGUGCCAUCUGCAUAUAACAAGUUUAUCAAAGAGGAGAUACAAAGGAUAAAGGCUAAGAAUCCAGAGAUCAGCCACAGAGAAGCAUUCAGCACUGCAGCAAAAAAUUGGGCACACUUCCCUCAUAUCCAGUUUGGGCUAACAGUUGAUGGGAAUAAGCAACCAAAGACUGAUGAACAAGUUGCUGCAGCAGUCACUGCACCAGAAAGCCAAAAAGCUCAGAGUUUCUUCUAACUAUUAAUCUGGAGAGUGAGUAGAUGCUGCAGUAUAUGAACUUGCAUUCUGCAGGUCAAUAUGAAGUCCAUUUUAAGUAUCUUUACUUUGGAAACUUAAUUGUAAUAGGAAAAAAAGCCUUCUAAGCACUUUGCUACUCAUGAUCAUUUAUAUUAAUCCUAUGCUAUGCCAAACCUAAUAAGCUUAAUUUUAUUUCA